AUGACAAACGACCUUCCAUUCAGAACUACUGAGCGUAAGCGCAUCAUGUGCGCUGGAAGUGGCUGUACCUCCACCGCGGGCUCGAGCAAUCCGCGUAUCCGGCGGGCCAGCCCCGCGGGUGCAGCGCUUCGCGGGCCAGCCCCGCAGGCGCUAGGGGGGAAGCGGUUAGCACCGCUCCCUGUUGCCACCACGGCGGGUGGCAAGGGAGGCAAGGGCUCUAAGAAGGGCAAGCCUCCAGAGAAGAAGAAGAAAAACAAGCGGGGACCAGGUCGGCUGAAGCGACCGCCCGCCGCGAACAGCGUGGACAGGGGCCAGGGCUCGUCAUCGGCAGCGGCCCCGCGGCGAGUGGUGUUGACAUACACCCAGGAUCAAGUGGAAGAAGGAGCGCAAAAGGCGCAGGAGGAGAUCCCACGCUCCAAGGGUGCCGACCGGUCCAAAGGGCCAGGAAGAGGAGUGGACGAGGCGUGUUCCUCCUGUGACGAGAGGGUCACGAAGUACCGGCCCUUAGUGAGGCGCCGUGUGCUGAAGCGCUUCUCGGGGCCAGAGCUGCGCAAAAGAGUCGAAGAAGCCCUGACCGCCAAGGAGGCCCCAGAGAAGGAAGCCAGUCAGGAGGAAGGGCUCGGAGCCGGACUUCGAUCCACGGCGGAGGCCCAUAGGGGCCUGGUGGACACCCGCCAACUGGGCAAGCCAGAGAAAUUCUCUGGAGAGCCGGCGGCCUUUGAGGAUUGGUCGUUUGUGCUGGAGGCCUAUAUGUGCUUCCAGGCGCUCUUUGAGCGCAUCCGGUGCUCCGAUGUGCCGGUCCUCCAGGCCAGCCUCAGCCCAGGGGAGGCGGAGCUGUCGACGCAGCUCUUUUAUACCUUGGUAAUGCUCCUCCAGGGCGGGGCGCUGGACAUAGCCCAGAACACAGACCUGGGCAACGCCCUGGAGGUUUACAGGAAGCUGGUGAGUGAGUACCGGCCCCGGUUGGCAAGCCGCUUCGUGGGGACACUCACCCAGCUUAUGAGCCACAAGUUCACGGCCAGCCUCGAGGCCGAGAUCCCCUUCUUCGAGAAGCUCGUGCGAAGGUACGAGGCCGAGACCGGCAAGCAGCUUGAUGACACAAUCAAGCUGGGGAUCAUUAUCAAUGGCCUCCAAGACGAGUCCCUCAAGCAGCACGUGGUGAGGAACUCAGCGAGGCUCAAGACAUACCAGCUGCUCAAGGACGAGCUCUUAGAGGUGGCUCGAACGAGCCGAGUGCUGGCCGAGCAGCCGGUGCCGAUGGACAUGUCGGCCCUUCCAAAGUGGAAGCAGGGGCAAGGUUCCCAAGGCGGGGGUCAAGGCCAAGGUAAAGGCAAGGAGGUUGUGUGUUGGUACUGUGAAAAGAAAGGCCACACAAAGGAAGAGCCCGAGCCCAUGCUUGCAAGCCCCACCUUGGCCGAGGAGCGCGACUACGUGGCGGCAGUGACGCUGCCUCAGGAGGCCCAGGGUUUCAAGGGAUAUUCUGGUUGA